AUGCGCCUGCUGCCCCCCAGUGCCUUCACUGGCAGCUGCUCCGGCGAUGCUGGACACACGGUCGCCUUGGACACCUUCACGGGCCAGGGAACGUACGAGGGCUUUCCCUUCUUCGAGUUGGACCUGACCACGGGGUCUGUGCGCCUGGCCCCGUCGCCAGAGCUCACUAGCCUGAUGUCCGCUGAUGUCCCCGGCCGGUCGUCGCUCAACUCCACUUGCAGCAUCUACGGGCUUUACCAAUUCCCACCUUUCGGGGACGGGCCCAUCCUGCAGCAAGACAUCUUCCUGAGAGUCGAAGACGACAAUUGCUUCAUUCCAGGAAUGGGCGACUAUUACUUCUUUGAGGAGAAGACGGUCACGGGCUCGGACCCGACCAAAUGCCGCGAGGAAUGUCGCAAGGACCGCAAGUGCACGUACUACUCUUGGCUCGCUUCGACUACGACUUGCUACCUGUACACGGGGCUGUGCCCAAAUGGAGCGCCAGGCUGUUCAAAAGCGACUGGGACCUUCUUCGCCCGUGUCCUCAAUUGUGCAGACAGGACGACGUGCAUACAGCUGACCCUGCCCGACCGACACUACAUGUCCGGGCGUUACUGCUACUACGGCGAGAACAACUACAAGGGUGGCCUGGUCUUCCUGAAGGAGGGCCUCACAAGCAUGGAGACCUUUUGGCUACACCGCACAGGCCGCGGCGAAGACACCUGGGUUCUGCGGAAGCCCGCCGAAGGAGAUUUCUACAAUGCCUCUGCGGCGUUCAUGACCUUCUCCGGGGAGAGAGUGGCCACGAUCGAUGUCUCAGGCGGAGACCUGACCUCAGAGGUUUUCAACCAGGGGGUCGCGAAGUUUCCAGUCACGUUCCCCAGCAGUUCCGACAGCGUUACCUUGACGGCCGCUGUGGAGCUGCUCCGCUGCGAUGCGCCGAACCUGACGCAGAGCGAGGCAGAUGACCGCGCAGAGACAGCCGACGGAGCCGAGGCGGUGAUGGUCGACGACCCCCUGACAGAGAUCCCCUAUGACCACUGGCUGCAUCCCUGCCAUUGUGCCCCACACCUUUGGGGCCAGAAUGACCCCGUGACCGCAGAAGCCUUUGCAGAGAUCCCGGCAGGCAGCCACAACGUCUUCCGCCCGAAGCCUUUCCCAGUACUGACGGGCCAGUUCGCCUGUGGCAUCGAUGUCUUGGAUGUCAUCGUGGAGUCCGAGGUGCAGACUGCGGACCUCGAGGACUGCCAAGCCCAGUGUGCCAAGAGCAGCGUGUGCCGGUACUUCUUCACCGGCGAGGUGCUGUCGGUCAAGCAGUGCAGGCUGUACAGCAGCUGUCGAUUCAUUUACCGGGAGCUGGGGCUCUCCGGCACCCUCUACUCUUAUCCGAAGGGCAAAGAUGUCUGCGCCAUCGCAAACCCAGAGGCGUGCUGGCACAUCACGAGGCGCCGGCAGUACCUCCUAGCCAGCUACUCCAGCCUGAAGCUCGAUCUGCCGAACUGUUUAGACCAACUCCUCUUCGAACAGUGUGACGAGGCGCUGUUCAUGGGUGGCAUGGGCGUGGAGGUCUGCGAGCCCUGCCGGUAUGCCGAAGUGCCCGCUGAGGGAACCACAGAGCUGCUGGCGCUGAACAAGUCCCUCUUCCGGAGCAGCUACGCGCACGGCACUCUGCUGAAGGCGAGCUGCUGGUCCGAGCGCUACACGUCGAUGCCCCGAAACAACUUUGAGCAGAUCUGUGUCAACGGCAAGUGGCUCGACCGCAACGGUGCCAGCGGCCUGAGCCAGUUCGCCUGCGACGCCAUGGUCCAGGUCGUCAAUGCCCGCUACCAGGAGCUCGACUCCCACAACCGGCAGGAGCUCUACUUCUACGAGAACUUCCAGGUCCGGGUUGUUCUGUGGCGCAUGGUGGGUUCCGCAGGCAAAGUCUUGGGCUUCUUCUAUGUGAAGCAGGUGCCAGCAGGAGCACCGCCGGAGCGCCAGUGGGUAUCGGCGGACGAGACCGGGAAGUGCUUGAGCACUGCGGCUCCUGGCGGCCUCGGCUUGGAACCCUGCAGCAACUCCUCGGAUCAGCUGCUUGACGCCAACGAAGUCGCCAGCCUCUUCUACGAAGCCUACAAAGAGGAGGCCCGCAAGGAGGUCGGGCCGUUUGUGAGCUACUACUACGAGGAUACCCUCUUUAGUGCCAGCGCAGACAUAGACUGCAGAGAUGAUGCGAUCGGCAGGGCGCUGCAAAGGAUCCACUUCACCAGGACGGAGCUCAGCGGCACCUGCGUGGCCGCCAGCCUUUCCACGCAGAAGAGGGAGAGCCGUGUGCCAUUGAGCUUCCAGCUCGUGAACUUCCGCUUCAAAAAGUGCAUCGCCACAGUGCCAUGCCAACGGGCCGGUGAAGACUCGAUCGAGUGCAUCGGCCAGCUGGCAGAGUGCGCUCCAAUGGAGAACCAGAUCUUCCAGGUCAAGGAAGUACCUGAUGAAUCUGUGGAUUUUCCCACGCGCACCUUGCUGUUGAAUCGUGGGAAGACGGUGAACAUGCGCGGCACGCAGGUGGCGAAGUUGAAUUUCUCUCCGGGGACAAAGAACCCGUACUAUGAUGGCAUUCCAGAGUGCCUUAUGUGGAAGGUGCCGGACGACACCAAUGGAUGGCUCGGUUGCGUGGCCGAAUAUCAGGAUAUCGUAGGCGAUUACACACCAACGCACUGGCAGCAGAAUCUGAUCUCCACGACUGCGGCUGCCCUCAAGUUCGAGUACGGGCAGUUUAUUCCCAGAGUUAAUGCCACCACGCGAUGGCAGCGCGAGGCUCCGACGAUGGAGCAAGGCUGGCUCCUGGGCACGGAGGUGCAAGGCAACGACAUCAACUGCGUUUGUGAGCCGGGGUCCUUGAUACAGCGCUUCAAGAAAGAAAGGCAUGCGCUGACGUACUUGUGCGCGCAGGUUGUCAAUUUGGGCGCCUGCGUCGAGCAGACUUCCGUGCAGCAGUUGGACGAAGGGAGCACAUCCAACAUCGACAUCGAUUGCGGCAAGGACCGUGGGCUUCAAGCCAUCCAAGCCGAGACGGAUGCCAGGAGCAGGUGGACGAGAUUCCGCUUCCGGUGCUGCCAGAUCACCGCCAACCCCGUCCGCAUGAGCACGUCCAAAGGCCGGCCUUCCUCGGACCCAGUGCAGCAGGGCAUCUACCUUGCAGAGGGACGGAUUGCCAACCGGCCAUUGUACCGUGGGUACCGGUGGAAUGGGGGGAGCGGGACGCCAUUCGGUGAUCUCUACUAUGUAAGCAACACAGGCGAGUGGUGCCUGGAUUCAGGUCCGGGCUCUGAGUACGCUUGCGUCUCCAGCGACCAGGUCAAUCCGCUGGACCAGCAGCUGGGCGGGAAGGACUGGCAGGUCGUCCCGGUGAGCGACUUCGACAGCAACUUCGAAGCCUUCGGGGUCAAGUUGCCGAAGCGAUUCCAGUCCAAACUCCAGGUGCCACCGCAGCUGACCUUUGCGGCCGAGGACCCGGUCUACGCGCCGGAGUGCAAGGAGGAGGUCAACCCGGCCUCCAGGGACUUCGACCCGAAGAAGAUGAACGACGAGGCCGAGCAGCUCAAGGACACGAACAACCCCUGCGGCUUCAUCUUCAGCACGCCGAAGACGAAGAAGAAGAGGACCGGCCUCUCUGGGGGACCGGAGAACCUCUUCAGUAUUCCUGACACCGAUGACUUUACGAACGUCUUCGGGUCCGAGAUCGAUGAUGCGGGGGAGGGGCUGUCCUGGUACGCAUGGAACCUCGGGGAUGUGGACGAGCCAGGCCAAUCGGGCAUCACACCCACAACCGUCAAGGAGUGCGCCGACCGGGAGAUCACGCGGGACUUCCAGCUGGCUCAAUGGCAAAGCGAGCACGGACAGGUGGAGUACAUCGCCGAUGCGGCAGAGCAGGUCGAGGAUGCUCUGGAGGCAACUUCGGACGUGGACAUUUCAAGUCCUGGUCCCGAAAUCAAGGUUGGCAAGGUGCUGUCCAAGUUCGGCAAGGUGUCCCGACUUGUCGGAGUAUUGAACAGCAAGAAUCGGCUAGGGAAAAGGGAGAGCAGCUUUGCGACGGCCGACAACGAAGACUGCAACUCCCUGCAGCACGGCCUUGCCCGGGUCUUCUGUGAUCUGCACUGCGUCCGAGAUGCCGUGAAGCAGGGCGACGCGGCGAUCCGCGCGAGCCUCGAGGAGGGCGUCUUCACUCUGCAAACGGAGCUGCGGAACCUCUUCCAGGCCUACUUCAGGGACCGCUCGCAGUCCGCCAGCCUCUUACAGGCCACGGAGCUCCGGGACUUCCGGCAGAUGCACGCCGGCCUGGCCCGGGACGUCCAGGAGAUGCGGCAGCUGCUCCAGCGGAACCUGCACCCUGUGGCCCAGAUCGCCUCCCAGCGCGCUCUCCAAACCUUCCGAUCCGCCAUCCAGGUCGGCCAAUCCCGCAACAACUCGAUACACUCGGUCGUGAAGGAAACGGCGACGCUGAAGGCGACCCUCCAAACCACAGCCCGCACUCAGACCUCUGGCGGGGCUACAGUGGCGCGGAGGACUGCGGACUUCGUUGUGACCAUGAACCAAGUCAUGCGCGCAAAGUUGCGGACGCUGGGAAUCUACCACGCGGCUGCCUCGAAGAGCAGGCUGCUGCAGUCCAGGCUUUCCAACGGCUUUCAGGACGAGCUCCGCGAGCUCUCCUUCACCUCGACCCUGAGGGCGCUGGACGCCUCGUGGUGGGAGCUGCGCAAAGAGCUGGACCGGUACCUUGACGCCUACGACGGGUACCUGAGGUCCUUCCAGCAUGCUGUCGGUUUGCUGGACACAUACACCCAAUGCGGCGCCGGCUUUGCGGAGCUGAAGGCCGCCUACGCCUCCAGCGGCCGCGCCCACGAAAGCGAGCAGCGCACCCUGAGGGAGGUCUGGGCCGCGGCCGCCGCGGCCAUCGGACGCAUGGCCGCGCAGGUCGCAGACACGGGCAUGCUGCAGGAGUUGGCUGCCCACGAUGUUGCAGGGAUGGCGCAGGCAGCGCCUGGCAGCUCUUGCAACGAGACCGCCUUCAUGGAGGCUGCCGUCGAGGCGGUGCGCGAGGGCCUCUUCGGGCAGACCGUGCGCCAGCUCGACACGCUCUUCACUGAGAUGGCGCUGCUCCGGCAGAGGUUCGAGGCACCUCCGGGCCAGGAGCUCUUCGACUCCGCAGAGCGGCUCUCGGCCGCGGCCGUGUCCGCAGAGGGCGCGGCCCACGAGUCAUGGACACGGUGGAGGGGGUUGCAUUGUGUUUCACACUCUGGCCUAGUGCUGGCCAAGAUGCAGAGCGGUCAACCAGACCAGCCUCCUUCCUGGGUCGAGGAGUUGGAAAAGCAGCACGAGGAGUUCAUGCAGAGCCAAGAUACGCUGGCCCAGCAGCAGGAAAAGGUCUUAGAGGAGCAGGCGCGACAAAUUGCGAGCCUUAGCAACGGCAGUGCGUCCAUUGACGCGCUGGUUGAGACGGCCGUGCCGGUUACAUUGGCCCCGAUUCCGACGCCGCCACCUGGGCUCUGUGAGCCAGGCGUGGAGUUAACGGAGCCGGUGUGCCAGGAAUCCCAGGUCCCAUGUACAGUCACAAUCAGCAACAUGCCAUCCCGCGCGGCCUCCAACGCAACAAUCUUCCCGGGCUGCAUCUCCUUCGCCGACGCAGCUCAGGAGCUUUUCGAGUACUGCAACAACGGCAACACCACACGGAAAGUGACGGCCUCCACCUGCGACGCUGAGCCCAGCUUCCAUGCCAUGUUGUCGGCCUUCCUGUCCUACAACGGCAGCUGCCAGCUUGUUGGAUGUGCGACCGGCAACGGCGUCAAAUGUGCGAAGCCAUGGAACAGCAGCGGCAGUGACCCGCGGGUCACCUUGACCUUCGCUGUGGAGCCGUCCGCUUGCGUGUACAUCGCGCAGCAACCAAAGUUCCUUAUGGGCAACAGGACGGCGCCGCUUACCAUCACGCUGCGAGCCCAGGAUGUCUCCGUCAGUCAACCCUGCGAUUCCGUUUGUGGAGUUGGUCAGUGUGACAAGGUUACAAUGGCAACGAUCAAUGACGGUGCUUCGAUCACUGCGGUGAUGGGAACCCUUGGCAAAACAUGUGAUCCUGCCCAGAUUCAUGGAAGGUCCUAUCCAGGCAUCCCCUGCUGGAUCCCACCAGGUCGCUGCGACAAGCAGAGGAUGGCAAGGAUCAAUGACACCAGUUCGAUCACUGAGGUGAUGGGAAGCCUCAACAUAACGAGGCCCAGGCUCUCGAAGGCAGAGCUUCUCGACAAGGGCCUGGAGAUGGAGGAGCAGACGCAGCAGUUCAUCGAGGAUCAGAGGGCAGCUGUUGGAAAGAUUCGAAAGCUCGCUCGGGAGCGAGAGGCAAACGUGUCGCUAUCGGAGGCUCGGCUUGGCUGCAGCAACCAGGCGGACAAGAAGCCGAAACGAGGCCUGUGGGAGAUUCCAACGUGUCUCGGUGAUCAGAACAAACUUCGCGCCCCUGCGCAGUUUUCUGGUAAGUUCCCAUCGGAGUGGGAAUCGAAGCAUCAGUCCCACCUCGAAGUGGACUGCUCUUCUGGCUUCCCAAUCUUCGACUUGAGCCUUGGGUGGCAGGGAACCUACGUUUGCUGCCCCACAGCGGCCCUCUUCUGUGCAGGAUGCUUCCACCUUGCCGGCUUCGGCUGCGCCCGCUGCGCCGCGGGUUUUGUGGAGGUCCCCGGCGAGGGCCGCUGUGAGGCUUGCGUGGACACGCCGGGCUGGACGGAUGCAAGCGGGAAGACGUGCGCCCGAGCCAUUUGCGGCGACACCGCCUUCAAGGGCCUCUCCUCCAAGCAAGCUUGCUGCCGGUGCGGGGGAGGGCAGCGGGCCGCGACGCCCUUCACGUACUACGUCGCCCCAACGUUUCUCUACGCAACCUCCAUCACGGGCUUCCCAGUUCCGCGCACCGCAAGCCACUACACCAUCGACGGGGACUGCAAGCUCUUGGAUUAUGGCCUCACGAUCGACGGUGAUGUCGGCAGCGUCGCUUCCCGCAGCGCAGCUGAGGCCACUGGCAUGUUGCAGAUCGCCCCUGCGGUUGGUCAAGUGGGCGGCACCCUCCCGGAGGCAGUGUCAGACAGGUGGCUGGAGGGAGCCUGGAAGGAGGCUGGAGGCGGGUCGCUGUUUGCAGCCACCUCCAGCAUCCAUGCGAAAGCACGAGGCGGGCAGCUUUGCCAGAAUGUAGCUGAGAAAAGGUGUGGUGCGUUCCUACAGACCGCGUUCUUCAAUCGUCCGUGCCUCUUGAAAAGCGACAUGAACACCUUGUUCUCUGCUUUCAGCAUCUCUUGCACCAUCGUCGCCCACCAGACCGCCAGCCUCUCGGCCUCCGCGACGCUCACGGUCGUGGCGAAAGACAGUUUCUCCUACGGACAGUACCCGCUCCUCAGAACCACGAAGACGCCAGUGCGCAGAGCAGGCAAAUAUGUCUUCAAAACACUCAGCUGCAACCCAGCCGAGAAGACGGAUCUCAUGACCCUGAACGACGAUGACGGAACGAUCAGCUGGAUAAAAAGGGCAACUGUCGGCGGCGGCAUCGAUUGGGAUUCGGGCCGGAGCUCCUUCGGCUUCCUCAGUACCUGGGGGUGCAUCUGCCGCGUGGAUGCCACGCGAAGAAUUGGCCUCUCAGAUUUCGAGGCCGUGGCAGCUUACUUCGUUGCGAUCGAGCCCGACGUCUGGACGGACCUGCGCUACAACCGGGCGACCGAUCGCAGCAGCCCCAUCGAGGCCGAUAUGGGAAGCAUGUGUAGGCAUGUGAAUGUCACAGUCGGGCAGGUGGCGCCCACUUUGAAGGUACAGCCGUAUGAGGGCAUGUUCAAAGUGCCCCCCACUGCCUUCACUGGCAGCUGCUCUAGCGAUGCUGGACACACGGUCGCCUUGGACACCGUCACCGGCCAGGGAACGUACGAGGGCUUCCCCUUCUUCGAGUUGGACCUGACCACGGGGUCUGUGCGCCUGGCCCCGUCGCAAGAGCUCACUAGCCUGAUGUCCGCAGAUUCCGACGGCCGGGCAUCGCUGAGCGUCUCUUGUGGCAUCUACGGACUCUACCAGUUCCCACCCUUCGGGGACGGACCCGUCCUGCCGGCGGAUCUCUUUUUCAGUGCUCAGGACGACACAUGCUUUGUGCCCAUUGACCAAACCCUUUACUUUCUUGAGUUCGAGACUACCUCCGCAACGAAUCUCUUUGCCCGCGUCCCCGACUGUGCAGAGCGGAGCACGUGCAUUGAGCUCAGCAUCCAGAACCGGCACUAUUGGGGGGGUCGCUACUGCUACUACGGCGAGAACAAUUAUGAAGGCGGCCUGGUCUUCCUGAAAGAGGGCCUCACCAGCACCGAGACCUUUUGGCUGCACCGCACAGGCCGCGGCGAAGAUACCUGGGUCCUGCAGAGGCCUGCCGAAGGUGACUUCUACAAUGCCUCUGCAGCCUUCAUGACCUUCGCUGGGGAGAUCGUGGCCGAGAUCCCCGCAGGCGGAGACCUCAUCGCCGAGGUUUUCAAGAAGGGCUCCAAGUCCUUUCCGAUCACUGACACCUCAGACACCUUGACGGCCGCGGUGGAGCUGCUCCGCUGUGAUGCGCCGAACCUGACCCAGAGCGAGGCAGAUGACCGUGCAGAGACAGCCGACGGAGCUGAGGCGGUGAUGGUCGACGACCCAUGGACAGAGAUCCCCUAUGACCACUGGCUGCAUCCUUGCCAUUGUGUCCCACACCUUUGGGGCCAGAAUGGCCCCGUGACCGCAGAAGCCUUCGGAGAGAUCCCGGCAGAGAGCCGCAACGUCUACCUUCCAAGCCCUUUCCCGAUUUUGACUGGCCAGUUCUCCUGCGGCGUUAGCUCGGAGGACCUCUUGGAUGUCAUCGUGGAGUCCGAUGUGCAGACUGCCGACCUCGAGGACUGCCAAGCCCAGUGUGCCAAGAGCAGCGCGUGCCGGUACUUCUUCACCGGCGAGGUGCUGUCGGUCAAGCAGUGCAGGCUGUACAGCAGCUGCACAUACAUCUACCGGGAGCUGGGGCUCUCCGGCACCCUCUACUCUUAUCCAAAGGGCACAGAGGUCUGCGCCAUCGCGAACCCGGAGGCGUGCUGGCACAUCACGAGGCGCCGGCAGCACCUUGGUGCCUUCUAUUCGGAUAUCGAGCUCUACCUGCCGAAGUUAGUGGACGAGUCCCUCUUUCGGCAGUGCGACGAGGCGCUGUUCAUGGGCGGCAUGGGCGUGGAGGUCUGCGAGCCCUGCAGGUAUGCCCAAGUGCCCGAUCCUGACUCCAAAGAGCGGCUGGCGCUGGAGAAGUCCCUCUUCCGGAGCAGCUACGCGCACGGCACGCUGCUGAAGGCGAGCUGCUGGUCCGAGCGCUAUGGGUCGCUGCCAAGAAAAAACUUCGAGCAGAUCUGUGUCAAUGGCAAGUGGCUCGACUCCGAUGGCGCCAGCCAGCUGAGCCACUUCGCCUGCGUCGCCAUGGUCCAGGUCGUCAGUGGUUACUACCAGGAGCUCGACUCCCACAACUUGCAGGAGCUCUACUUCUUUGAGGGCUUCAAGGUCGAAAUCACCUUAAGUCGUACCGGAACGCUGGAGCAGAAGAAGGGCGACUUCUAUGUCAAGCAGACGACUACGGCCGCGCCCUGGGAGCGUCAGUUCGUGUCGGCUGCCGACGAGACGAAGUGUGUGAGCGCCAGGCUUCCGACUCCGGGCGCUCUUCAAACAUGCAACGAGAGGGAUCCGCAGCAGCUUCUGGAUGGGAACACGGUGGCCAGCUUCUUCUCCGAGUCCUACAACAAGGACCAAACAAGCCAGGUCGGGGGUGUACCAAACCCCACGUCAACGUCGAUCUUCGACGUCUCUGACACCCUUGACUGCGAUGCCGGCGAGGAAGGUCGGGUCCUACAAAGGCUCGACUUCACCAGCACCUCCAUCACUGGCACCUGCAUCGGUGCAACCACCGGUCAAACCAAAGCGGCUGUCGAAAUCCCCUUGAGUUUUCAGAUCGUGAGCAGACGUUGGCAGAAGUGCCUUGUUGCGGUGCCUUGCCAGACGGAAAGUCAAGACGAACCGGAAUGCAUCUUCAACGAGUUGCAGGACUGUGAUGCCACGGCAGACCAGGCGUUCACCGUCUUCACCGGUUUUUUCGUUCAACUCCGAAACCGUGGCAACGCCAUGAGGUUCAUCGACAAUGCCAGCACGGGGGUAUUCAGAUGGGAAUUACCGGACCGGGGCGUUUACAAAGGUUGGCUGGGCAUGAUUUUUCCGUCUGGAGAUGGUGCGACACUUCAAUCCGACCUGGGGAAUCGCGUCAGCGCCAAAUACAGUGACAAAACCCCCCGCCCCUGGAAUGACGCUGCUCCGUCUGAAGAUGAGGAGACGUGGUAUCUGAGCCGCUUGAUAACGGGCAACGACAUGAACUGCGUUUGUGAGCCGGGGUCCUUGAUGCAUCGCUUCGAUAAGGGCCGGGAUCUCCUGACCUUCGCCUGCGUGGAGGUGCCCGGCUUGGGCGCCUGCAUCGAGACAACCUCCAUACAGCAGAGGAUCGAUGGGAGCCUCUCCCAAAUCGACGCCGACUGCGGCAAGGACCAUGGGCUUCAAGCCAUCCAGGCUGAGGUGGACUCCAGGAACAGGUGGGCGAACUUCCGCUUCCGGUGCUGCCAGAUCGCGGCCAACCCUGUUCGAAUGACGAAGUUCGGAGAAGGAACCGUGCCUUUUUACCCGGAUGAGCAGGGCAUCUUCGUCCCGACACGCCGCGAUGCUUUCAACCGGCCUGUGUAUUCAAGCAACGGCUGGCAAGGGACCGGCGUCACACCUGCUUCCCUGAGUUAUGAGGAAGGCAAGGGCGAGUGGUGUUUGGAAAAUCCGGGUCAACAAUACUGCGUCUCCAGCGACCAGAUCAAUCCUCUGGACCAGCAGCUGGGUGGGAAGUACAAUUCACUGGCGUCCUGGCAGGUAGUCCCAGUGAGCGACUUCGACGCCAGCUUCGAAGCCGUUGGGGCCAAGCUGCCGAAGCGAUUCCAGCGGAAGCGCCAGGUUCCACCGCAGCUGACCUUCGCGGCCGAGGACCCGGUCUACGCGCCGGAGUGCAAGGAGGAGGUGGACCCGGCCUCCAGGAACUUCGACCAGAAGAAGAUGAACGACGAGGCCGAGCAGCUCAAGGACACGAACAACCCCUGCGGCUUCAUCUUCAGCACACCGAAGACGAAGAAGAAGAGGACCGGCCUCCCUGCGGACAACUUCUUCAGCAUCUUUGGUGACAUCUUCCUUCCUGACGGCUUUAACGGCAUUCCUGACCAAGCCAUGUCAGAUGUCUUCGGGUCCGAGAUCGAUGAUGCGGGCGAGGGGCUGUCCUGGUACGCAUGGAACCUCGGGGAUGUGGACGAGAAGGGCCAAUCGGGCAUCACACCCAAGACGGUCAAGGAGUGCGGUGACCGGGAGAUCGCCCGGGACUUCGAGCUGGCCCAAUGGCAAAGGGAGCAUGACAGGACGCAGUCACAACUCGACUUGAUUGAGGAGGCCGAGGCGAUCUUGAUUGCGCUCCCUGAAGUCAAGGUGGGUUUUCUUGGCCCGGGAAAAACCAUCAAGACUGGCAAGAUCGCCUCCAACGUUGCCAAGGCAUCGCGCCUCGUCGGCACGCUGAACAAUGCCGUGAGGCUUUGGUCAAGGGAGAGCCGGUUCGCGACGGCCGACUACGAGGACUGCAACUCCCUGCAGCAUGGCCUGGCGCGGAUCUUCUGCGAUUUGCACUGCAUCCGUGAUACUGUGAAGCAGGGCGACGCGGCGAUCCUCGCAAGCCUUGAGGAGAGUUUCGUGGUUCUGCAGCGCGAGAUGCGCAACCUCUUCCAGUUCUACUUCGAGGACGGCUCGCAGUCUGCCAGCCUCUUGGAGGCCUCAGGCUUCCGAGAGGUACGUGCUGGCCUGGCCAGGGACGUCCGGGAGAUGGUUCAGCUGCUCCAGCGAAACCCACCGCUGCACCCUGUGGCCCAGAUCGCCUCCCAGCGCGCUCUCCAAACCUUCCGAUCCGCCCUCCAUGCGAAUUCUGCGAAGGGGGAUGGCAACGUGACCGCGAUCACCACGAAACUCGUUGAGGAGACGGCCACGUUGAAGGCAACGCUGGCGUCAUCCGCCCUCAUUCAAUCUUCCGGCACAGCGGCCGCACAGCGGAGGACGACGGAAUUCGUGGCGACCAUGAAUCAGGUCCUGCGUGCAAAGGCACACACGCUGGGGAUCUAUCAUGGGGCUGCCUCGAAGAGCAGGCAGCGGCAGUCGGCACUCUUCAAGGGCUUGCAGGACGAGGUCCGAGAGCUGUCCUUCACAGCGACGCUGAGGGCGCUGGACGCCUCGUGGUGGGAUGUGCGCAGAGAGCUGGACCGGUACCUAGACGCCUACGACGGGUACCUGAGGUCUGUGCAGCAUGCUGUCGGUUUGCUGGACACAUACACCCAAUGCGGCGCCGGCUUUGCGGAGCUGAAGGCCGCCUACGCCUCCAGCGGCCGCGCCCACGAAAGCGAGCAGCGCACCCUGAGGGAGGCCUGGGCCGCGGCCAACGCAGCCAUCGGACUCAUGGCCGCCCAGGUCGCGGACACGGGGAUGUUGCAGGAGCUCGCCACCCACGACUCCGCUGAGGCGACCUCGGCGACUGGCGAUCUUUGCAACGAGACCGCCUUCAUGAAGGCUGCCGUCGAGGCGGUGCGCGAGGGCCUCUUCGGGCAGACCGUGCGCCAGCUCGACACGCUCUUCACUGAGAUGGCGCUGCUCUGGCAGAGGUUCGAGGCGGCACCUUCGAGCCAGGAGAUCUUCGACUCCGCAGAGAGGCUGUCAACUGCGGCCGAGGCCGUGUCCGCAGAGGGCACCGCCCAGGAGUCAUGGGCGCGAUGGAGGCGUUUGCAUUGCAUCCCGGAGGGCUUGGCGCAGAGCAGGAACAGCCAGAUGCUCCAGUCGAGCUCGGACCGCUCGAAGCGACCUGGGCGGUACGGCUAUGGCAGGUACGGGGCGUACGGGAAGUACUAUGGUCCCUAUGGCUACCAGCCCUAUGGCCCGGUGACCACAGUUCCGCCCGUUCCGCCGUUUACCACCACAGCUCCGCCGACAACCCCGCCUCCGCCAUGGGUGUCGGAUCUCGAGCAGCAGCACUUGCUGGUCAUGGAGAACCAAACCUUUCUCGAGGAGCAAGAGAACAAGGUGUUGGCCUCGCAAGAAGUGCAGAAUCAGAGCCUGGUAGCCAAUGGUGAAGAGCUGGACGAGGUAGUGGCGAGUAUCGUGCCGCCCCCGUUGGACCCCCCGAUCACGACACCGCCGCCCGGGCCGUGCGAGCCUGGUGUGGAGUUGACGGGGCCGGUGUGCCAGGAGCCCCAGGUUCCCUGCACCUUGACCAUCAGCAACAUGCGCUCCCGCGCGGCCUCCAAUGAAACAAUCUUCCCGGGCUGCGCCUUCCUCUUCAACGAGUCCCAGGAGCUCUUCAAGUACUGCAACGAUGGCAGCGCGUAUCGGGUGGUGACGGCCUCCACCUGCGACGAAGAGCCAAGCUUCGACGCCAUCUUGGCAGCUUAUCAGUUCGAUGGGAGCAGCUGCCGCCUCGCGAGCUCCCAGAAUUUGCGAGGCGAAGGUUGCCCUAGCCAGGCAGUGAUGCAGAACUUCCCGCCUUCCGGCAUCGAUGGCAUGGCUGAGCUCUUCUCCGCCAUCACCUUUUGGCUUAGGGCAAGCCUUGCCUGGCUGGGGGACUUGGUCUUUGUGUCACUUUGCACGGCGGCCCGGAACUUUGUGGGCCAGCGAAUUCACUUCCUCGGCGCCGUGAUGGCCGAUCUGGGAGGUGACUAUGGUGGAGUGUGGAGCAAGUGUCCCGUCUGGGAUGGCUCGCCGCUGACUUGGCGCGCCUUCAAGCGCGAGAUGGGCUGGUGGACUUCCUCGCUGGACUUGGAAGGCACGAGAAAGUUCAACUUAGCAGCCCGAUUCCUGAUGAGACAAAGCGGAACUGUUCGCCAGCGAGGAGAAGAGUUCAGCCCCGACGAGCUGGAGUACCAGAAGGCGGUCAAGGCGAAAGACCCUGAGACCGGCGAGGAUGUCACGAUCGUCGAAGAGGACCUCUUGGCCGGACUUAAUAAGCUUAUGGCUGCCUUGGAAGGCCUGAACGGCCAGUCUGUUUUGGACCGGCGAGGGGAGCUGAGGACCCAGUUCUACUUGCACCUGGCGCGACGUCCUGGAGAACGAGUUGCUGACUACGCCACUCGGUUCAGGACGGUUGUCAGUGAUAUGAGAUCAGAAGGUGUCAAGCUCCCCGACACGGAGGUGGGCUGGUUCUUCAAGGAGAAGCUCGGCCUGGAUGCUCUUCGACGACAGCUGUUGGACACUGCCCUUCAGGGUGCCGAGGCAUAUGGGACUAUUGAGUCCGAGUGCCUUCGACUUUUCCGUGACCUUCAUCUGCAAGACCCGCUUUACCGGAAGCUUGAGAAGGGCAGUGGGAAAUUAAGUAUCAGGAGAAUGUUUGCAUCGGCGCCUUCGGCAACCCCAUCUACUGCUGCAACCUCCUCGAAUACUUCUUCGCGGCGUCCCUCGACUUUCUCUACUGCAAGUUCCUUGGCUGGCUCGCGGAGGGGACCCCCGAGACAGGUGCAUGCGACCGAGACGGAGGAGCCCGAAACCCUUGAUGAGACGGCCGUGGACCAGACAGAGGACGAGGCUGCGGCGUCGGACCAGGCUGGCGAGGGCAUCUCCUUGGAAGAGGUGCUGCAGACAGAGGUGCAGUGCUUGGCCCAGGAGAUAGCGCAGGCUGAGGAGGAGGGCAUCGACCCUGCGUUCACCGAGGCCUUGGAGACGGAGAUCGAGGCGUCGGCGGAGGCUUUGGUGAGUAUGAGGGAGGCACGCGUGAAGCUGGCUGAGGUUCGCAAAGAUAGGGGCUACAAGGGCCCUGCGUUGAAUGCCUCAGCGGCAGCCAGUGGAGGCAAAGGCCGGGGCAAAGCAGCGAUAGCCGCCAAGAAGGCGUCUGGCAAGCAUCUUUGUUUCGACUGUGGUCUCCCAGGCCAUUGGAGCGGCGAUCCAGAAUGUACCAAGCCUGGGGCUGGUUUGGGCCGGGCCAAGGGCAAGGCCGCGCCGGCAAAGCAGGUGCGCAUUGCUGAGGCUUGCGGAGAUGCCAACCAUACCGUGGCGGAGGUUGAGACCUUGAACACUGGCGAGAAUGAAGUCCUCAUGGCCAUGUCCCUCUCGGCGGCAUUGCGGGCUGGCAGUUCUGGGCAGACUUCCGAAGCUUUGGUUACGAGCGCGCUGGCAAAGGACAAGGCGCUGGUUGGUGCUUUGGACUCGGCGUGCAAUAGAACUUGUGCCGGUGAAGAUUGGAUUCAAGGCUAUUUGCUUGAGUUGCAGAAGGCCCCGCCCGAGAUCCAGGCCCUGGUCAAGACCGUUGAGGAGCAAGAGAACUUUAAGUUCGGCAACGGCGGCACCCUUCCGAGCAUGACGCGCUACCGGGUGCCAGCAGUGAUCUCCGGGCACUUGGUUGGGAUAUGGAUCUCAUGUGUGCCUGUUUCUUCCCUAGGCUUACUUCUCGGUCGAGAUCUUUUGGAUGGCCUCGGCGGCGUGCUGGACUUUAGCCAAAGAACUUUGACGUGCAAGUUGUUUGCCAACCGGCCGCCCGUGGCCUUGGAAAGGUUGGCCGCUGGACAUCUCUCUCUCGCCUUGAUCCCUGAGCAGUGGCCGGCCGUGACCCAAGGUCGUUGGAGAAAACUGGGAGCCGACGGUGUCCUCGAGUGUUGCAUUGGUUGCGCUGAGUGGGCUGCUCACUUGUUGCACAUGAACCCCAGAAGAGAUUCCGAAGAUGCACCCCACAGCCACAACAUGACCGAAGCAACCCUUGAGCUUGGGAGAUUGGCUUUUCAUGCUGUUCUUUGCGCUUCGGCCCAAAACUGCGAGAUGACUUUUGCUGAGCAGCCACAGCCCUCGACUUGCACCACGGCCUUUGGCCCCACGGUGGGCAAUGGCGGCUCCGAGGCCUUCGGUGGCUCCCUUGAGAACAGCUCGUGUGGAACCUCGCGACCUGGAUCCCGACGACUUGGUCGGCGUCAGGCGGCGGAGGAUGAUGUUGCGAGCGGUGGCAAGAUUCGAUUGGUCGAUGGCAUGGUGGCCAAUGGAUGCUACCCUCGGAAGUGGCUGGGCCGAGGAGUGUUCAGUCAGGGGACCUUGGCUUCUUUGACGUGGUUUCGCAGCCGCGUCGGCUUGAAGUUUGCGUUCCUGGAGGAUCCGGUGCUGAGUGGGAUGCUGGCUGCGCGCUGGCAGCCAGGCCGGAUGAACCGCAUCAAGAAUGCAGCCAUCAAGGAGGAAGCAGCAGCAUUGGCGCGCGAGACAGAUCGACUCCGGGCAGCCCGUACGCUGCUUGGGCCAAAAGGGGGGAUACCCACGCUCAAGGCCGACUUGUUGAAGCUCGCAGCCCUCUUGCACACCGAGGUGGCCGACAAGGACACGGUGAAGACCAUCAGAGACAAACUGCGACCGCUGGUGGCCGAUCUUUGUGCAAAGGUUCCUUUGCCGGCGACCUCUUCCAUCGACUCCGGCGAGCACUCCGAGCUGGCGUUGGCGGGACCUUCGGCACGACCCUCGACGAACGCAUCGUCAGGGACUAUGUCACCUGGGCCAUCCGGGACAGCAACCGCGGCCGCUACCUCGACAAGCAGCCCACUCAACGAUGCCAUGACUGUUGCCAUGCUGAACAAUCACCUGACCCAGGCCAUGGAGCAGCGUUUCCAGGAGCUGGGACACCGCCACGAGGCCAUGCUCAACCAGGUCAUGCACCACAUCAUGCAGAUGAACGCGAGCCAGAACCGCGACGAGGACAUGAUGAACAACGAGUGGGAGCUGGCCCCGCAACCGGCCUCGGACCCUCGCCUCAGCCAGCUAGGAUGCCUCGAGGUGAACCGGGUGCGUCAGGCUAUGCUAACUGAGGUGGCCAUGCAGUACCGCAAGGCGAUCCACGAUGCCUUUGUCAUGGAGAUCCCUCCGCUGUGCACGGACGCAGUGGGCUUUAACGACUCGGUCGGGCGGUGUGCCAGAACUCGUGGGCACAUCACCGGCGCUAACCUUGGGCCGGAAGCUGGCUGGGAUUUCCUACAGCCUGGCCACCGACAGCAAGCUCUACGACUACUGCAACGCGAAAAGCCUUACUUCGUGACGAUGGCCAUCCCCUCGGAGCCGUGGAUGUUUUCUUCUGUUGCCCUAUCUUCCCGGGAUCGCCAACGUCAGCAGCUACAACACCUUUCGACCUCUGCUCGCUUCGCCGUGCGCGUCGCCAAGCAACAGCUCGGGGGGGGGAGACAUUUCGUGAUCGAACACCCGCCGGGCUCUCUGCUUUGGCGUCUUCCUGGUGUUCGUGCACUCAUCGCGGACCCUCGCUGCCGCUGCUUUGGGCUGGAUCUGGGCCGUUUUGACUCGCAAACCCUUGGACAUCGACGAGUACGGUUUCCCGCGACUCAACUUUUGACUUCUAGCCAAACCGUGGUGCAUCAGUUUCGUGGCAAGCCUGGCGAACUUCCAGCUCAGCAUGCGCGACGUGAAGUGAAGUCAUACCCCCAGGCCUUCUCCCGAAAACUGGUGGCGGCUAUGGAGGAGGAAUUUGACUGGGAGACCUGUCAGCUGAAGGGUGCAGUCGGUGGCCAUGAAUGUCUCGAGUUGGUCGGAUCCAGCGGGGCAGUGGACUUCGUGCGCGAGGCCUUGUCUGAGGAGCUCCAGGUGGGUGAGCAGAGCGAGUCGGAGGACGAGCCGGAGACCAAGUUCGUGGGCGAGAUCACGCCAGCUAUCCGGGCGGCGGUCAGGCGAGUGCACGAGGAUUCCAUUGGCACGCCUUUUGUGGUAGCUCAUGCCACCGACGCGGUCUCCAAGUACCAGCUGGCAGCCCGCAUCCCAAACAAGUCUUCAGCUGCGGUGAUUGACUUCAUGAUGCAGUAUUGGCGCCGUGGCAGAACAGCCCGGCCGAAAGAUCAGGAGGCAUACUCAAAACGCUGGUGGCCGCCAUCGUCACACGUCCUGGGAGACCGAGAGAUCUCCAAUGCCAUCGGAGAGGCUUGCUCGGCCUAUAACGCAGAUGUCAAUGAAGAAGGCGUGACGCCGCUUCAAAGCGUCACAGGUCGACAGCCCUCCAGUCAGGGCUCAGUCCUCCACAAUUUCUCUGGAAGGCUGGCGGAGCACGGGUUGAUAGAUGCUGAGCCGUCCCUCCAGCAGCGAAUGGCUUUGAGAGAAAGCGCCCGCAUCGGCAUGAUCAGGCUCCAUUAUUCGAAGGCCAUUCGCCGUGCUGAACUUGCUCGAAGUCGAGAGCCGACCAUUUCCCGCUCAAUACAGCCAGGUGACACUGUGUGUUUCUGGAGGGCUCAAAAGCUAAAUCGCCGGGGCGACCCGCGGCUGUCGACUUCCUCCAGACGGCGCAGGCUGGAACUCCGUCGUUGGCACGGGCCGGCAAUCGUGUUGGCUCUGGAGCAGAGUUCAGAGGACAGCGCCGUCACCAACGCCUUUUUGUCCUUCAAAGGUCAAGUCACGAAGUGUGCGCUUGAACAUGUGCGCCCGGCCUCUACGCUUGAAGAGCUGUCCGCUGGCGCCUGGGAAGAGGCAAUCAAGGAGCUGACUUCGACUGGCCGCACGCCUUUGGAGGACCUUGGUCAGGCGGCCAGUGAUGCCGAGUCUGAUGAGAGAGAGGAUCCCGAACUUCCCGAACCACCAAUGCCUGGCGCGGUUGCUCCCUCCACCUUGGCAGCGCCACCCUUGACCGCUGCGCCUGGGACGCCAGUGGGUCACUUGGUGCGCCGCCCCGUGAUGCAGAACGCCCUUCGACGAGCUCAGGGACAGCCGCUGGCUGUGGAGUUGGGAAGGCAAGCUCUUGUUCGAGGCCAGCCGGCCGACUUUGCCGCCGAGCUUCGUUCGUUGAUGGAGAGAGGACGCAAGCGCAGCGCCAGCCAGAGUGUGGAACCAUCUCUUUUGCUUUCGGAGGAGCCGGUGCCUUCUUCGCGACGGGUGUCUCCUACCGCGAGCGCUGGUGUUGCGGAUCCUCCUCGACUCUCUACAGAACCACCUGGUGAUCAAGCUUCAGUUGUUGGUGCUGCUGAUCCCCAUCGACCUUCUAUAGAACCACCUGGUGAUCACGUGUCAGUUGCCGGUGCUGCUGAUCCCCAUCGACCUUCUACAGAACCACCUGGGUCCAUUAGCGCUGCAUCUUUGCCGGCUGCUCUGGGUCCUGUAGUUCUGAAUGAUCCGCGGUUGGGGGAUGCGCGUUCGGCCUUUGAAGCCUUGACCUUAGAUCACGAACAGCUUCUUCGCUUAGCUCAAGGUGGCGCAGAUCUUCAUCCACUUCUACAAGUUCAGGCUCAAGUUGAAUGUGACCGCUUGCAGGGUUCAGUGUCCGAGAAGGCCCCUGACCACGGAACCUGGGAUGGACGUUGGAGCUUACCUUCGAGUUCGCAGCAUGAGCUUCUUCAGCGACUUGGUGCUCCUUUACCCGCAGGACAACCUGAUGACGUUCAUGAAGUUUGUGCCGCUGGUGGGCGAAAGGAGAAAAUUUGGUCCAAGAUGUCCCCUUCAGAAAGGACGCUGUGGAAGGAGGCCGCAGUUAAAGGCUGGUCUGCUUACGUGGACAAUGACGCUGUCAAAGUGUUGUCGUUGCAAGAGAGCCUCGCCGUGCGCAAGGAGUUGGCGCGCAAAGGAGAGCUGGAUCGAAUCAUGACGCCGCGCUUCGUCUUGACCGAUAAGAACGACGGCCUUAGGACAGAGGGUGCCAACUUGCCCCCAGCCCCGAGUGCUAGGUUGGUGGUGCCUGGCUUCAAAGACCGGGCGAACCUUGAAGGUGAGAUUCGUCGUGAUGCCCCGACAGGAAGCCGUUUGAGCCAACACCUUCUACUUUGCUUGGUGGCGUACCACAGCGCUACUUGGAACCUCUUGGCGGCCGACGUUAAGUCGGCUUUCUUGAAAGGCGAUCCAUUCGUCACCCGAGAGUUGUAUAUCGGCCCCACCAACGAGAAGACGGGCCCUGAAAUUCCAUUACCUCGAGGUUGCUUGGCAAAAGUCCUGAAAGGCGUGUUCGGACUCGCCGACGCGCCGCGCCAAUGGUGGCUAAAGCUGGCCAGCUCCCUCGAGCGGCGCGGAUGGGUUCGCUCGGCACUGGACCAAGCGGUCUGGUUUCUUUGGAGCGGGCCAGAGCGAAAGACUUUGUGCGGGAUGAUCAUAAGUCAUGUCGAUGAUUUGCUGCUUGGUGGCAAUGCCUUGGCUGAGAAGUCCCUGUUGCAGGUGGGAGACGAGCUGGGGUUUCGUGAGGUCACCCGCAACUCCUUCACUUGGUGCGGCAAGUUCUUUGACAAGCGGUCCGAUGUGGCUGCUCUGCUGACACCCUUUGAACAUCGCCAGCUUAGGGCUGUCUUGGGAAGUCUUCAGUGGUUGGUGGCCCAACUUCGCUUCGACCUUUCCUUCUGCGUGUCAUCGCUGCAGGGAGAGUCUCCGCCUACGGUGGGAACUUUGCUGAGAGCGAACCAGGCCGUCCGGGAGUUCCAGAAGGACUGCAACUUUGAGCUGGUGUUUCGCGGGGUGAACCCGUACAAGGGCGGCCUGAUGGCCGUUGCGGACGCUGCUUUGGGCAACGUCGACUUGAAGGGCUCGUCUCAGGAGGCCCCGCUCACCAAGGUGUACUCCCAGGCCUGCUACUUUAUCAUCUUGGCUGAUGAGGGCUCAUGGCAGGAGGCCUUUGAUGUGGGCCAGUUGUGCCGAGGAUUUCUUGCAAGUGUCCGGGGACUUCCCUUGCACAAGUCGACCCUGGACUCUUCGCUUAACUCCGUGCCCCUCUGCACCGUCGUAGACGCCAAAGACGUAUUCGACAGGUCCAACAAUGACUCCAACAGUUUCGGCAGCCAGAAAAGUCUAGCUUUUACCAUCGCCUGGCUCCGCAGUGUCCUCAGAAGGCCCAACACCAGUCUGCGUUGGACAAGCACGGAAAAUAUGUUUGCAGACGGCGGUACCAAGGACAUGGAUCCCACGCACAUGCGCAGCAUCAUGGCAGCUGGCAAAUGGUCAGUCACCUACAGCCCUGCUUUUGUAAAGCAGGUGUCAAAAGGACAGCGCAAGCGCGCUGCGCCGACUUCGACUGCUGAGCUCAUGGGGGAACCAUUGGAACCUGGCGAUCCUCUGCUCGGCCACCUCCUGAAGCUGGGUGAACAACGUGGCUGGCAUCAUCGCGCUGACAUGGGCAUCAACGUGGCGUACGACGCCAAGAGUUUUCGCUCUCCUGAACCGCGGUUUUCACCGGCCCAGUUCCCACUUAGAAGCACCUUUUGUCGGCUUGAGCUACAGACGGGCCAGGUCAUGUGGCGAUGCAUCGAUGGCAUGGCUGAGCUCUUCUCCGCCAUCACCUUUUGGCUUAGGCCUUCAGCCGUUGGCUUGCGGCAAGGAAAAGGUUGCGUGAAGGAGAAUGGUGCCAGAUGUCCGAACCCGUGGAAUGGCACGGGAAGCGACACACGGGCAGCCGUCACCUUCACAGUGUCACCGUCGGCUUGCGCGUACAUUGUGCAGCAGCCCACCCAGCUUCGCUUCGGCAACAACACGGAGGAGCUCACCAUAACGCCAAGAGCUCGGAGCAGGAGGGAGGAGGAAGGAGGAGGGUACGAGUAUCCAAGUAUACGAAGUUGUCCUUUGGAGUCGAGGUCUGAGAGGCUCCCCACACCGGUGGCGACAACGACAACGACAGCGACUUCGUCCUGGGUUAAGGUUGUAUGA